UGAGAAGUGUCGGCGACGGUUGUGUCGUGUAAAAGUUUCGUAGUGCGAUUGUGUAUAGUGCGAGCCAAGAGUGCGGAAACGGAUACCAAGCAAUAACAACAUAACAGUACAAAAGAACAAGUACAGAAGAAGUGUUGUUUUUUUUAUAUAAAAAGAGAAUUUUCAGAUACAUAUUUAUAUACAAAAAUAGUUACAUUGCAAAAAGGUGUAUGCACAUAUUAUGUGUUUGCAAAGACGCAUGUGAAUGAAUGAUGUUUGCAAUAUAUUUAAUUAUAUAUACAUAUAUAACUGAAAAUUAAAAAAAAAAAAUUGUGUCUAAUAAAAAUAUAACGUUAAACGCUAAAAGGUCAAUCAACCAAAUUUGACAAGACUUUUAGCAACGGCAGCAAAUUUAGUGGAGCAACAAAGUUGCGUUAAAUGUUACAGAAAGUAAGCAGUGUUUAAGCGUAAAAAAUGGCAUAAGAAAAAAUGAAAAAUAAUAUAGUGCACUUUUAUAGAAUGAAUGUGUGUAUGUGUGCGCUUUAUUAUGAAAAAAUAUGUAAUAUGCAACAUAAUGUGAAGAAAAACAAGUGAAGAGGAAAUUGAAAAAGUAUAACGAAAACCAUUUUAAAAGGCAAAAUCCAAUUGUGGUCAUGCAGAGUGCAAACAUAAUAAAUAUAGAAUAAAAACACAUGUUUCUACAAUGGUCUUAACAGAUACUUUGCCAAGGAAAGAGGUAUUCCCAGCCCACAUCACGUGCAGAGUUUACCGGGGCUAUGACUGUUCUCUCUACGGCCAGCUCACUCGCAGAUGCAGAAUAAUGCAAUUGUAAACAGAGUACAGCAAUUGAACUGUGGAAGGAAAACAUGUGAAUGAGCAAAUAAACACGAGCAAAAGCAAAAGCAAAAGCAAAAAAACAAAACUAACUAAAGCGAGUUUUUGCAACGAACUUUGGAUUUUAAUUUUUUUCCUUUAAUUUCUGCGCACUUCGCAUUUCGAUGAAUGCAACAUUUCAACAAAGGUAGCAAAAACAGCAACAGCAACAACAACAGCACCACAACCACAGCCAUCAUCACCAUCAGCAACUACAGCAACAACAACAACAACAAACACAACAACAGCUGCCACAUCAGCAAUGCACAAACACAACAAAUGCGACAAAUAGCAAUAUGUCAACCGACGAAGUAGAGCAGCAUUGCGGCAGCAGAUAUAACAGUACAGUUGUUGGUGGCGCAGCGUGUAAUAGCGGAGAGAGUAAUUGCUCACACGCUGCCGCCGCUAGCGUUGAGGGAGUGUGUCGUAAUCAUAGUACGGCUAGUUCAACAACAACAACAGCACAUCGUCGUGGUCACAGGCGACAAGAGUCCAUGUACCAGAUGACGGGCCUCUACUCGGAGACAAACACCAGCGGCGAUGACAGUAGCGUCGACGCUGUCACAAACGACUCGCACGCCAACAACAUGGCCGAACUGGACAAUUGCAAUGCCAACGCGGCGCCCGGUAUCAAUAGCAACGUUUCAACGCGUGCCGCCUGCAAUUGCCAUAGUCAACACUAUCAUCAUCCUUCCACACAUCAGCACAAUCAGAAUUUACAUCACCCACAACAACAACAACAACAGCAACAACAGCAGAAUAAUAGCCAACCAGCAUGUUGUAAUAUCGCCAGUAGUGGUUGCUGCAAUGAGAUUCUGGCUAAGUGUCAUAGCCGCCAGCCGUCGGCGAGUAUUGCUGUGGGCACCGGUGGUGGAAAUAUGAAUAGUACAACCGCUGCUGGUAUGCUUUACGAAUCGGAGUAUGAUGAUGAUGACGAAAUGCAGUCACGUGAUUGUGGUAUAUUGAAUUAUCGGCCGCGUCGUAUACAAAAAUUUGCACGCAUCAAGGUUUUCGUCCUGUUACUGUCGAUUCUAGUCACACUACAGCAGGCGCUGAGUUCGGGUUAUAUUAAUUCCGUUAUAACGACGAUUGAGAAACGUUUUGAGAUACCAUCAAGUUAUUCUGGUCUAAUAGCGUCUAGUUAUGAGAUUGGCAAUGUGAUAACGGUUAUAUUCGUGAGCUAUUUGGGUAGUCGACGUCAUAUACCGGUGUGGAUCGGAAUAGGUGCCGCCAUCAUGGGUGUCGGUUCUCUUGUUUUCAUGGUGCCUCAUUUCACCGGUGAACCGAAUCCCGGUGUUACCAUUAUGAAUGAUACAAGUGACAAUAUUUGCCGCAGUGCGUUAGUACGUGAUCAAGAUAUGGAUUUAGGUAGACUAUCAAGUGGUCUUUCCAAUCCACCAUUGGCGCCGCAUACUUUACGCGAAGACAAUUGUCUUGAAGGCAAGUUGUCUACCUUCGGUCCGGUGUUACUCUUUGUCAUUGCACAGUUGUUACUCGGUUGCGGUGGUAGUCCACUGUUUACGCUCGGCACCACUUAUGUGGACGAUCAUGUGAAGACGGAAAGUUCAUCAAUGUACAUUGGUUGUAUGUAUAGUAUGGCUGCUUUUGGACCGGUGCUAGGAUUUCUACUUGGUGCAUACUUACUAUCAUUUCACAUGGAUUCACUUUCUUCCACAAUCAUAUCGAUAAAUCCCGGUGAUCGUCGCUGGGUCGGCAUGUGGUGGGGCGGCUUCUUGCUAUGUGGCGUGCUACUGCUCAUCGUAGCAGUGCCUUUCUUCUCAUUCCCAAAGGUUCUCACUAGUGAAAAGAAGAAGAUACGGAAAAGCUCGGUAAUACAACCAGCAGUGCCUAACAAUUCAAAUAGUCUUCCACGUGGCACUGAUCCUACGGGCAAAAUGAAAAAGGAAAUAGUCGCUGUGAAUGCGAAAGAAGAUGAUGAGCCGCGCGUCGAUACCGGCUAUGGCAAGGAUAUAAAAGAUAUACCACAAUCAAUGUUACGUCUUGUCACGAAUCCCGUGUACAUUGUCACUUGCCUGGGCGCUUGCAUGGAGCUGUGGAUUGUUUCUGGUUUUGUAGUAUUCUUACCAAAGUAUUUGGAGACCCAAUUCAGUUUGGGCAAAAGUCAAGCCAGCGUCUUUACUGGCUCUAUUGCCGUGCCCGGUGCGUGUAUUGGCAUAUUCAUUGGUGGCUGUAUAUUGAAACGUUUCCAGCUGAAGCCCAAGGGUGCUGUACAGUUUGUUAUCAUCUCGAAUGCCAUUUGUCUUGGGCUAUACGCAAUGCUGUUUUUCCUCGGCUGCGAUAAUCUGAAAAUGGCCGGCACCACUAUACCGUACUACCGUAGCGCCAAGCAUGGUGUUAUUGAACCAUUCCAAGUAAACCUUACGGCUGCCUGCAAUUUCGGCUGUGAAUGCUUAACCAGCGAUGUGGAGCCGGUGUGUGGUAAUAAUGGCUUGACAUACUUCAGUCCGUGUCAUGCCGGUUGCACAGCCUUCUCAUCCACAUCGAACUAUACAAAUUGCGCAUGUGUUCACUCGAAUAUAUCGAGCAGUAUUUAUAUGGGCGCUGGCGGCAGUCAAGCUCAAGCUUUAAAUGCUAACGAAGAUUUUGCUGAAGUCACUGUGGUUCCUGUUGCAACUGCCGGCCCAUGCGCCACACCAUGUCGCACAAUCUAUCCAUUCCUUAUACUACUAUUUUUCAUGACUUUCAUUGUGGCUUCGACUCAAAUGCCGCUGUUGAUGAUUGUUUUGCGUUCGGUGUCGGAGGAGGAGCGUUCAUUUGCUCUGGGCAUGCAAUUUGUUAUAUUUCGUUUAUUCGGCUAUAUACCAGCGCCCAUACUCUUUGGCAAUCUCAUCGAUUCUACGUGUUUGCUGUGGAAGUCUACGUGUGGCGAAAAGGGCGGCCGAUGUUUGAUCUAUGAUAUUGAGAAAUUUAGAUACAAAUAUGUUGGUCUCUGUGCCACUGUAAAAAUUGUAGCUCUAGCUAUAUUCAUUGCGGAUUGGUGGUUGGUGAGGCGACGUAAACAAUUAGAGAAACUGAAACCUAUAAAUGCAAAUGAUCCCAUAAUCGGUUCCAUUAUCAGUUUGGAUAAAUUAUUUGAGGAGAAGUUGACUACAAACGAUACGAAUCCAGCGUACGGCAGCAAUGGCGAAAUAAUACUCACCUCCGACGUAUUGCGGCACUCGCGAAAUGACUCGCGUACAAUACAAUUGGAAUAUGGCUAUGACAAGUGCAAUAACGCUAUCAACGCCUCCGGCUUAUCGACACCGCAAACCAAAUCGAAGAAGCACUUCCGCAGCGCAUCCUGUGACGUGAAAAUGAUACGCAGCUUCUCGAAGGAUCAAAAUAUCGCACCGGUUGCUGCCUCAACGGAGGGCGGCACGCAUGAACCCAUCAAAAUCAAAAGCUUAAAACGGUUUCAAACACAUUCCCGCAACAAUUCUAGUGAUUUAAAUAGUGAUUUCCGACACAAACUCACGCACUCACGCACAAAUUCACGCGAUGAUGCCGGUGCGCUCAACAUACGCUACAUACAAAAUCAGCUCAAACCGCAAGAGGACGAGGAAGAGGACGAUGAGCUAACAACUGGUUGUGGUCACUUCGUGAAGAAGCACUCACGUAAUCACUCCUACGAUCAGAUAUAUAUGCCCAAUAAUAUACGCUUCGAUGCGGACUUCUUUCGUAACCAUCACAACAACAAGAACAAGAAUGUAAACGUGCUAAAGAAUGUAAUGAAUAGAGAAGAGCAUCGUGUAAAGAAUUCGAAUGAAACAGAAGCAGCGCUCGGUUCACGUGGACACUCACGCAACAACUCCAAGGACUUGAAUAUACGAGCAGCGUCGACGGGUAGCAAUAAUUUAAAUGCGACAACGCAAGCGUGCAACGGUGGCGCUGCCAGUUGCGUUGGCGGUGGUGCUGGCGCUGUUGUAGUAGGCGCUGCACAUAAUGUGGCCGAGGCGGCAUUGAAUAUAUUGCGGCAUCGGCGCACCAACUCCAAAGACUUAAAUUAUACGCUCUGCACGAGCAACGAACGCAAUGAGCUGGGUGGCACAAGCACGGCUUGCAGCAGUAAUGUAUCGACUCCAGCGCAUGGUUGUGGUGGUGGCGGCGGCGGCGGCCUCAGUGGGGGCAGUGCUGCUGCAGCGGCUUUGCAUUUAAAACAUGCACAUGCGCGCAAAGUCUCUCAUCAUAAAAUCCAAAUCGAUGAUGAGCGCAAUGAAUUAAUCGGAUCGACACGCGACGAUGAGGAGGACACGACGGCGGAUGAAGUGCGUAAUGGUGACGCGUCGACGACGUCGCAUGCAACAAAACGGAAUGAUAUCGAAGCAAUGCGUUAAUUAACUAGUUGUUUACUUUUAACGGAUAUAUACAUACAUACAAAUAUGGAAACAUUGUUAAUUAAAAAAUGCAAAUUUUAUAAAUUAAUACAAACAUACAUACAUAUUGAUAAAAGGAAAAUAUGAAAAAAGCAGCUUA